AUGUCACUGCUCUUCUUCAGUCAGCUACAAGGGGCUGUCAGUAGCCCGUGUUUUCAAUACCCUGGGCAGGAUAUGCAGGACUGGCUGGCCGACUUGGUUUCAUUCGAUCAUUACUUCCCUUGUUACACCGAGGAGCAGCUGAAUCGCCAUCAACGCUCAUCCUUCCUUUCAACAUCCAACUUCCCGGUAGCCUGCUUCGCAGACGCAAAGGACGUCAACGACGAACCUCACGAGCAACUAGCAGAUUGCAUCACUUCGCAGGCCCGAAGACAUUAUACCACCUUCUUCCAACUCGCACUCAUUCGGUUUUCGUCAUUACAGUCUAGACAUUCUGCGCUGUUCUCUUUGAGCAGCCAGCUUAUCCGGCGACAAUGCGAUUAUAUCUGGCUGUUCAAUAGAACGUCAGUCACAUUUGAGCAGCAGCCUCCCACUCCCUUGGGGAAGCUUCCCAGAAGUCGGCCUGCGCACUUUCGGCCGUCUAACAUUCCCCCGCUCGCCGGCCUGGAAGACAUGACCCCAACCGUGGCCCUGGCCGCGCGGGCUCAUGACACUUCCACUGAAGAGCCCUCCAGCACCUCGACCAUCUCUCCUUACCACUCCGCCCUCGCGGGCGUCAACCAACCCCUUAACAUGGCUUUCGUCGACGCCCUAUGGUGGACGCUAGGCGGUAUGGCCCUUAUCGUUCUCAUCAUCCGCAUAGGCCAAAUCGCCUGGACACACUUGAGACGCCUUACGGCCAUGUCCCUGCCCGCCGAAAACCAGGAAUACUGGAAGCGCGCCCAGUGGAACUGGAUGCCCUGGUUGAAGAAGCAAAUCAUCUACGCCCCGUUUUGGAAGAAACGGCAUAACCGCGAGUUUCGCCUGUCCAAGGCUGGCCACAUGGGUGUCCUGCCUUCGCGUCUUCACAGCAUCAUGCUCCUCAUCUGGGUCAUCAGCAACCUCGUCUACAUGUUCGUCCUCAACUGGCGCCAGGAGAACGUGUACGCCUUCGCCGCCGAAGUCCGUGGCCGCUCCGGCACCCUCUCAGUCGUCAAUAUGGUUCCCCUUGUCAUCUUUGCUGGUCGCAACAACCCGCUCAUCAGCUGGCUGCACAUUAGCUUCGACACCUAUAACCUGCUCCAUCGCUGGAUGGGCCGCAUCUCCGUCAUCGAGGCCAUCAUUCACACUGUCGCUUGGCUUUUCGUCCGGGUGGCCGACGGUGGCUGGGAGGCGGUCAGAGAGCGCAUCUUCCACAAGGCCUUCGAGGCCUCCGGCAUGCUCGGCACUUUGGCCAUGACCAUCCUCAUUAUUCUUUCCGUCUCGCCCGUCCGUCACGCCUUUUACGAGACAUUCCUCAAUGUCCAUAUCAUUCUGGCCCUUGUCACCGUUGUCUGCACUUAUAUUCACUGUGCCACCUCGGCACACCCGGGCGGUCUCCCGCAGCUUCCCUGGAUGAUGGCCAUCUUCGUCCUUUGGUUCCUGGAGCGUCUCGCCCGCGUUCUCCGCACCGCGUAUCUUAACUGGUCUGAGCGGGGCUUCACCGACGCUGUGUGCGAGCCCAUGCCUGGUGACUGCACCCGCGUCACCAUGCACUUGCCCCGGUAUGUCGACGUGAAGCCGGGUACUCACUGUUAUCUCCGCUUCGCCAAAAUCAGGCCCUGGGAAUGCCACCCUUUCUCGGUCGCCUGGGUUGAGCAUGUCCCCGUCCACGAUAAACUCGGCUUUCGCAGCGAUGAAGACGAGGAGAAGCAACCGAUGACACGGCUGGACCCGAAAAACACGACCACGUCGGUUUCAUUCGUGAUUGGGGCGCAGACGGGCUUCACUCGCAAACUCUUUGACACGGCCCGAGCCUCAGGCGCACCGGCCAUCACACUUCGCGCCGCCAUCGAAGGUCCAUACGCGGGUCACCACUCGCUCGACUCGUACGGUCAUGCCGUUCUUUUUGCGGGCGCCACAGGUAUCACGCACCAGCUCUCAUACCUCAAGCCCAUCAUCGAGGGGUACAACGCAGGAACCGUGGCGACGCGGCGUAUUACGUUGGUGUGGAUUGUGCGGGACUACGAAGCUCUGGAGUGGGUGCGGCCAUGGAUGGAUACGGUGCUCCGGAUGCCUAGUCGGCGUGACAUUUUGCGAAUCCAGCUCUUCGUGACUCGACCCAAGAACCCCCGGGAAAUCGUCAGCGCCAGCUCAACGGUGCAGAUGUUCCCUGGGCGGCCGAAUAUAGCAACGCUGCUACGAAAGGAGGUGGAGGACCAGAAGGGAGCCAUGUGCGUCACGGUCUGCGGACCGGGGGCACUGGCCGACGACGUUCGCCUUGCCGUUCGGACAGUGCAAGACGAAGGAACCGUGGUGGAUUUCGUGGAGGAAAGCUUCACGUGUACAUAUCCUGAAACCAACUAUCCAAUAUUCCAGAGCGAGGAGCAAUGGGGACUUGAAAACAGGGACGGGACAGGCAGUCCCCCCUGAAUCUUCUUCAUCCGGGGGUUUUUUUUUUCCCUACUUCUUUUUCGUUCCUUCCCUUCUUUUGUACAUACUUCUUUCAACCCCUUUUUUCUUCUGGGCCCCCGGGGUGGUCGUCUAGAUUUUUCGGGGAUUUUCUUUUCUCCUGCAUUGGUUUGAGUUCAGAAGGGAGAUAUAGACAUGAGCCCUGUAUAUCGAGAAUUGAUGGUGUUGGAUAUGAGAACUCGUUACUUUACACGCGGGGAUCGUAAGUGGCUAAGGUAGUUGAGAAUGCUGCCACGCUGCCAUGACUCGGGUCUUUCCCGCCACCAAACCACCACUCUGCCCAAAGCCGUUACAAGGGCGCGCCACGCCCUUGGUGCUGAUACAAUAGGAAGUAUAGUACAGUCACUGCCCCACCUAUGUACAUGGCCCAUCUCGGCUUGCAUCGUGCUAUUCUCUGUAUGGAUACGUGUAGAAGCUAAUAGUUAUCGAAUAAAAUCCAAGGAAUCC